AGCAUGCAAGAGAGGGAACGUGUGGCUCAAUUAACAACAAUCGCUCCACACUAGACUUGUACACACUUCUUGUAGAAAUGUCAUAGAACAUUGUAAAUGACAUAACUAGAAGGAUGGCAAAUGAAUGACAAGGUCACCUGUAUUCAAUCAUAGUAUAAUUUUGAACAGUAAAUGAAAACGAUGCAGAGACUUGUGCUCCGAUCUCACCUCAUGCGAGGUAUCUCCUUUUCAAUUAAGUGCAAUAAUUUUGACAGAUGUCUUCCUACAAGUGGGGCAGAUAAUAUGUUUCAGUGUAGAACAAGUUAUGCUCUGUCAUCUGGCGGAUAUAGGGCCAGAUCAGACAGAAGAAGCGAUAAACAAAUGUCAUUCUUGAAAAUUAGUAGCACAUACGUCACUGGUCAAAAUGAUGAACCAGAUUAUGACAGAAAAUCACUCCAUAGAAAAACUGACGUUUCCUAUAAACAUAAUGAGGAUAAAGUUGAUGAUGACACUAGCCCGUGGAGAGAAAAGAGUGAUCCAUAUCAUCUAUAUGGUGCUCACAAUACUAAAAACGACCAGGAAGAAAUUUCAAAGUCUUCUCUUCAAGAUGAUGAUGUUUCCAAAUCCUCACUUCAAGGUGAUGAAUGGGGGGAUACUUUUGGCAACCUGUCGAGGGACCUCAACAUGGAUCCCAAUUGGCUACAGGAUGGAAACUUUGAUAAACCUCUUGAAUUUGAAAAGCCUCACCGGCGCCUUUCUGUGGAGGAUCGGCGACAUCCACAGGAAUGGUACUUUGACCAGAUUGUAGCGAUGGGAAAAGAAGGAAAGGUUCUGAAGGCCAUUUCUGUGCUAGACGAUUGGAUGUUGGUUAGAGACCGAGUUAUGCCUAAUGAAGAUAUAUUCACAGCAGUCAUAGGUAUCAUUGGGCGAACUGGAAAUGCAAGUCUGGCUUUCAAGUACUUCAAAAAGAUGAGAGAUUAUGGUCUAAGGCCAAACGAUGCAACAUUUACAGCUCUGUUUAAUGCUUGUUCCAAUUGUCCUGAUAAAAAAACUGCUCUAAAGAAAGGAAAUUCUCUCAGAAAUUACAUGCAGCGAUCAGAGAUAAUACCGAAUAUAGUCACCUAUAAUGCUAUCAUCAAAAUGUAUGGGAGAUUAGGAGAUCUACCUAAUGCCUUCCUCAUAGCGGACGAAGCCAUGUCAAAUAGGCGGGCAGCAGAUGCCUUCUUCUUCGGGAGUCUGUUGUCAGCAGCCAUUAGUGACAAGGAGGAGGGCCUUCUCUUUGCCAUUGAGAUAUGGCGAAAGAUGAUGGUUAUGAGAGUUCAACCAGAUGUAUUCCACUAUAGGUUAAUGUUACAUACUAUAAAAGAUUGUAAACUGGGGAGUGAGGAGCAGCAACAAAUUCUCCUACAGCCUUAUGUGUCUCACAAAAAACUCCAGGCUAAACAGAAGCAAACUGCAGCCAUGACAGAAGUAGCAACACAGUAUAAUAGUACAGAACAUCCCAUAAAUAAACAUAGUUGUGAUACAGACAGAGAGGAAGUGCAGCCUCAGAAAUCUGAAAUUGCAAAGCAAAUGAAAAUUAAAACAUCUGAAAUGACAACACAUCAACAGACAAGUUUACAACAUGAAUGUCCACCAAAGAGAUAUUACGGUGAUCUGGAACAGAUACAGCCUCAGAAGUCUCACAGGCCACUCAAACAAAAAAACAAACAAGGAAGAGAAUCACAAUUAGAACUACAUACUGGACAAUGUUCUGAUGAUACUUCUUUGUCCCACGCACCUCAGCCUUCUGUGGCAAUGGUCCAGUCUCAUGAAAAGCCUUGUACAGUAGCAACAUUUCCAGAUUUAUUGAAUCCAAAGGAGACUUUCUCUGAAGUAGUUUCUCUUGGUAACAUGUCAGAAAGUAGAGAUAGACUUAUGUUAAUGGGUGGUGUUAGGGGAUUUCUACAUAGGAUGAAGGCUGACAAGGUUAGUCCAGACAUCACCGUGUUGACAUGGUUGGUAGAAAUGAUACGAGGAAAGGAAGAUGAAGAGAUCAUUCUGUCAGCACUUGCAGAAGGAAACAUAAAGGCAGACUCCACAUUUCUCAACGCACUUAUACGAAGUAAAUCUCAUCGGGAGACUUACAGUGAUGCAAAGGCUGUUUUACAGCUGUUUUCCAAAUACGAUGUUGUGCCCAACAAGCAGACAUAUGGAAGUCUAAUAUUCUGUACAAGGGAUCCAAAGGAUGCCAAAGAGAUCCUUGAAUCCAUGGAGAAUGCAGGUCUGGUUCCAGACAUCAAAACAUUUGGUUUACUGAUUGGAAAAGCACCUGGGGCUUUUCAAUAUAAAAAGAGACUGCUUCGAAAAAUGGAAAAUCUGAAUAUAAAACCAGAUAUGCAUUUCUUAGGAACAAUUGAACGACACCUACAAAAUAUAAGGACUCAGAUAUUAGUAGAAAAGCGCAAAAAUAGAACAAACAAAUCAAAAGCUUUGGAAGAAGACUUGGAUGAUUUCAAUGAGUUUUAUAAAGAGUGGCUGCUUAAAACUAAAAUGGCCAAGAAACCCCAUCAGUUGGAAAACUACCGUAAGAAGAAAACUUUAACAAGCAGUAAUGGGCUUAUGUCAACAACAGCAUAAUUCAGGAAGGACAGGCCAGUGUCUGGACAGUGAAAAACAACAAAGGACAAGUGGUAUUGUUAUUGAACUGGUUUACAACUGAUUUCACUAGUUUAUUUAUGUAUUAUGUUUGUUUACUCUAGUUUGACCCCAGGCAUUAAAGUCAGUGUUUAGGUAUUGUGUAUCCUAAUAAUCCUUUGGUUACUUUCACUCUCUGCACACCUGGAAUACUCCAGUCAGCCUCCCAGAGUUACCUAAUACCUAUACACUGAACUUCCCGCAGUAGUCUGCUGUCAGGCUCCGUAUCACUGCUGUGAUAAUACGUGUACUGUACAAUAUUCCUGUCAAUCCUCUAACCCCUACAGUGUGGAAAUAUUCCGUCCUUAUUCAGGCCUAUCCUCAAUACUCUCGGGGUUGUGUUCACUUUCACUGACUGCAUCCCUGGGAUAUGUUGCUGUAAAAUCUAAGGCUCUGUCAUUGCCCUUUUGUAGAUAAAACAAAGACUAGUUUUAUACUUAUAAUAUGCAUCACACGAAUCUUGAGGUCACCAUACCAUUAAAUUGACUUUCUUUGAAAUGCAAGUUGGUUGAUGCGCCUCUUUAAUCUUCAAAAGAAAUGCAUCAGCCUAGCGAUUCGUCAGUUUUUUUCCCUAGCACCAAUCAAAUAGUAGGUUGUGUGCCUUUCAUUUACUUUGUCAUGACAUAUUCCAGGGGUGUAGAGAGUGAACUAGCCCCUGGAGUAUCAAGGAUAGAAAUAUUCCAGGGGUGUAGUGAAAGUGAACUAACCCCUGGAGUAUCGAGGUUGUGUUGUGAACCUUGUAUACAGUUGUAUAAUGAUCAAUCUGCAUUUCUCCUAAAGUUUAGUCAGAUGGUGGGCUAUUUAAAUCACAAUAAAGGAAACACAACAUGUUUACUUUUACUCUGCAAAAUUUAAACUUUUUAAACAAAUGUGUCUGUUGAAAGCUUUUUCAUAUGAUAACCACGUUUUAUACCUACAUGUAAUCAUUGAAGGAAACCCAUUCUAAAAUUCCUUUAUGACCUUCCUCUAACAGGAUAUGUCAGAAGACAAAUGUCUCUUUGAAUUAAAAGAAAUACAAUUUUGUUUGUAACAAUACAUGUAUAUUUAUAUGAAAUUAAAACACAACACUGUGAGUUUUGUAGUA